AAAACCGAUGUAAUUUAAGAAAAAACAUCGAUGUAAGCUGUCUAAAAACAUCGAUGUCCAACUUACUUGCAUUGAUUUUUACACUGGUCAUUGGUGCUUUUAUUAAAUCUUUUGUAGUUAAAUUAAAAGUUAGUUUAGUUUAGUUAGUUAAAAUGUUUUGUGCGCUAUUACUUAUAUGCUCGAAGUUCCCAUUUAGUGUAUUCUAACAAGAGAUACUUAUUUGUUCGUGUAUUGUAUUGUUAUGAUAGGUGCAGCUUAAACUCAUUUCAAAAUGGCAAAAUACAGCUUUAAAACAAUCAGUCAAAAGCAUAAAACGUUUCCUACAGACGGUAACAUGUAUGGUAUGAAGUGCAAGUCGCAGUUAUUGGAGGAACAGGAAAAUGUGACAUUAAUCAUCAAUCGUCGAAAUUCCGUUCGUCCCAAACCAAAGAGUUGGACCUGGAACGUACUUCGCUGCAGAUGGCAAAAGAAACUAGUUUUGUUAUUAAUACUAAUUUGUAUGUGUGUUCUUAUUAUUUACGCCAAUACACAUCUAUUAGUUCGAGGAAAUAUAUUAUCAGCAUUUCUUUCGAGCCGGCUUAAUAAAUUAUCGCACAUUGAAAAACAGGAGACAAGAAAUUCCGAUGUUCAACAAACAACGACAGCCGUUCAGCCCAUCCUGAAGCCUACCCACUAUUUGCUGAACUAUUCGUCCACGCAACUGGAAUUGGGCGGACAGUUAAAUGACUUUUCUUCGGACUAUAAUAUAUUUAUAAUUUAUACCAGAGAAAACUAUCAUCUAAACUUAAAAUUCGAUCUAUUUGCACAUAGUCUGCUUAAACACACGAGUGCUCAACUUCAUCUACAUGUCAUCACCGAUAAGGAGUCGUCACCGAGCGUGAUGGAGAUUCUUCAAAGGCAAAUACGAAGAUUUCGGAGAACGGUGAUAUAUACGAUGUAUGACGUCAAAGUCUGCUCUAAUAUAAUAGAGGAUAUAGCUGCUAAGUUAUCCCCAUACUUUAGCUCAGCACCCAACUCAUAUUAUAGCGAUUCACUGUUUUUUUUGUCCCUUGGAUUGCAUAGGAUCGCCGAUGCAAGCUUAAAUAGAGCUAUUCUGCUUGAUUGUGAUAUAGUCUUCCGUUCCGAUGUUCGACUACUGUUCAAUGAAUUUGAUCACUUUCUGCCGCAUCAACUUUAUGGAUUGGCGCCAGAACUAACUCCUGUAUAUCGCCAUAUCCUGUACCGCUAUCGCGUACGGUAUCCAAAGACAAGCUUUGGAAACCCAUAUUAUCCAAUGAACCACGAAAUGGGAAAUCAACAUAAUCACAACCAUGAGCGCCAUGGCUAUCCAGGUCUCAACUCUGGAGUCGUACUGUUGCUUUUUAAUCGCAUAAGAAACUCGAAAUCAUACCUGGAAAAGCUUACAAACUCGGAAGUGCAGACGCUCGUCGCCAAGUAUUCAUUUAAGGGUCAUUUGGGAGACCAAGACUUUUUCACAUUACUGGGAUACGAGUACCCUAACUUGAUAUAUAGAUUGGAUUGCGUAUGGAAUAGGCAGCUUUGCACUUGGUGGAAAGAUCAUGGCUACAGUGACAUAUUUGAUGCAUACUUUCGCUGCGAGGGCAAUAUCAAAAUGUAUCAUGGCAAUUGUAAUACACGUAUUCCAGAAUAAAUAAAUAGUUAACAAAUUGUUAUAGUAAUAGAAAAA